UCGCUCCAGCUGAUAUGCACGAGGAGAAAAUAUGGCCUCGGAGGAAGCACACGGAAGUACCGAUGGUGAGAACAGAAAGAGACGGCUUUCACAAUACUUACCUUUUGAGGCGAUUGAAAUUCCCAAGUGGGGUAAAAAAGAAGAUAUUUCAAUCGAGGAGAUGAUAGCAGAAAUACUGAGUCAUGUUAAAAAGUGGGAAGAAAUGAAAGAUAGAUACGACGAAAAGUUAAUUAACAAAGUCCAAAAGGAGUUUCUUGUCGAAUUUAUUUUCCAUGUGAACAUGGAGGAGGAAAGUGGUUUUUCAACGUUUGAAGAAACUGAUGAAUUUUUAACACAUUUUUACGCAAGAGGCGGUAAUUCGCAACGCCGUCUCUCCAUGAGAGAACAAGAAACUCUGAACUUAGGGAACGCCUACGAACAUUUGUUAGCAAGAAUCAAUGGUGAAGAAGAACCGAGUGAUUACGGCCUUAUGGAAGUCAAUUUACUCAGAGAAACGCAUGAAAAGCUUAUGAAAGACAUUGAAAUUCCAGAAGGCUAUGCAAAACCAGGAAUAUUCAGCAACUGCUCUCGGAAAACUGAAUACAAAGGAGAAGAAUACGAGUAUGAAAAACCAGAGGACAUGGAAAGUGCAGUGUACAAGUUGUUAGACCAAUGCAAUAUUAUGUUCGAUCAUUGUAUCAAAGGUGGCCUCGAAGAUUCUGACGACUUGUACUGUUUGUUCAAAACCUGUGCCUGGUUUCUUUUUGAAUUUUUAGAUCUACAUCCAUUCUCAGAUGGGAAUGGAAGACUUUGUCGUAUUCUUAGCAGCUACAUGCUUUCAAAGUUUACUCCUUUUCCAACACCGAUGUACAAAGAGUGGACAAAUUCAUGUAAAGAAAACUACAAAGAUGCACUUGUUGCUGCACGGAAGUCUGACGACAGGCA